AUGGUAUCCGAUGAAGCACGAUUUAGAAGAACAAUAUAUGUAUGUCGUGAACAAAGAGGAUCUCGUUAUAUGAUGGCACGGCUCACUGUUGAUGGAUGCCAAAAGGAUUAUGUAUGUUUUGAUUUUGUACCCAGACAUCACAAUAUUAUUCGUUAUAGAAGAGGUAUAGCAUUUAUUAGAGAUAACUUCCAUACUGUGUGCUCUUGGGUACAAUUUCCCAAUAAAGAUAAUUGGAAAUAUGAUAUUUUUGUCUCCAAAACUCCAGUUCCCAUAAGAUGUCCAGUGGCAGGUAAAUUCAACUUCACACAACAGGGUGAUUUUUUGUUUGAAACUCGUAUUCUUGGUGGUGUUACAUUAUCACCUCGUCCACAAAUUACAUGCAAGGACAAAAUAUCAGAUUUUGCUGCUUGUGAUGGUGAUCAAAAAGAGAUUACAAUUGAUGAAUCAUUUUGCCUUGAUGUGGAUCAUCGUGGACAGCCUGUAGACAUUUAUAGUGAUCCAGACUACCGAUUACAUUGCAUAGGUUACUGGAAGGAAAAUUUGAAGUCUUAUUUAAUGACAUAUGAUCCUCUUGACGCUGCUAGUAUGUACAGAUGUUGGGUGUAUCAACGAGCUGAUCUUAACCGUGUACUAAUGUCACAAGCUAUAGGAUCAUUUUGUGAUCUUAAACAAGAUGCAUUUAGUAAUAACUUUACAGAAGGAGCCACUGUUGCUAUUGAGAUGACAGAAUAUGAACGUGAAAGAGAUCAAUGUCCAAUGUAUUUUGAUGAUGGCGCUAAUCCAUGGGUUCAUUCAGACAACUAUAUACAAGUAUUUAAAUAUGGUCGAUCAUCUACAUUAAUUGUUUCAUCCAGUAUGCUUUCAGUUGCCGUUCUCUUUACCAUUCUGUUGUAA